GCGCCGCGGGGCCGCGUCCCUGUCGGAGCGAUGAGCGGGGCGGCGGCCGCGGCUCGGUCCCUGCGGCAGCUCCGCACGGGGCCCUGGCAGCCCCUGUCAGUUGCAGCAUCUGGAGCCAAACUCGGAGCCAGGGCGCGCAGCUCAGGUAUGACCUUGGACAGCGUCAACUGGGCAACCGUGGAUCGGAUCAUCCGGGUGGACCACGCCGGUGAAUACGGAGCCAACCGCAUCUAUGCGGGGCAGAUGGCCGUCCUGGGCCGCAGCAGCGUGGGGCCGCUCAUCCAGAAAAUGUGGGACCAGGAGAAGGACCACCUGGAGAAGUUCAGCGAGCUGGUGGUGGCGCUGCGGGUCCGGCCGACGGUUCUGAUGCCCGUGUGGAACGUGCUGGGCUUCGCGCUGGGCGCGGGCACGGCCCUGCUGGGGAAGGAGGGCGCCAUGGCCUGCACGGUCGCCGUGGAGGAGUCCAUCGCCCGCCACUACGACCGCCAGAUCAGGACGCUGAUGCAGGAGGACCCCGAGAAGUACCAGGAGCUGCUGCAGGUCAUCAAGAAGUUCCGGGACGAAGAGCUGGAGCACCAUGACGUGGGCCUGGCCCACGACGCCGAGCUGGCUCCCGCGUACAGUGCUCUGAAGCGAGUCAUCCAGGCGGGCUGCAGUGCUGCCAUUUACCUGUCUGAAAGAUUUUAGAGUCUCUGGCUGUGGGUGCUGGUAACAAGCCCUGAGGUUUUCGUGGCUGUUC